UGAGGGUGCUGCCUCUUCUGGGGUCAAGAAAACACUCGAGGAGCGACUGAAGCCCGAUAAAUCACGACAGGGAAGAUCGUCGGGAAUUUACGGUGCCGUUUCUGCAGUUCUCCACGAGAAAACAUGUUAUGGCUUGAGAGGACAUAUUCACGGGAGACGAGCACCGCGUUGACGCCGCGGUCGGAGGAGCGGACGUUGUCGUCGCACCAGCAGAUCGGCGAUUCGCUCUUAUAAUAAACCGGGCGCCGGGGAUGCUAAUUGUGGUAUUUCGGCAACUCUGAGUGGACAAAUAAUGUGACCCUGUGGAGGCUUUAAUGACAACCGGAUUGCAUCGGAUGGCUAGAUACAGUCUCGCUGUGGUAUCUUUUGUGUGAUUAUAUGCAUUGUUCUCCAAAACGAUGAUGUGUGCUGCUGCUGCGGCAGCGGCCGGUGGUGGUGGAGGGGGGAUUCUACCUUCCUCAUCGCCGUCGAUGGGGUUAGGUGUCCGGGUCGCUUCUGGAGCAGGAGCCGAGUUUACCACCAUCGGUUCGGGUAUGGGUUCCUGCCCGACACCCGGAGUCCAGUCGGAUUGUCGGACUCGGUACCAGCUUUUACUCUCAGGGCGAGCUCUGGCCGAACGAUACAGGCGGAUUUAUACCACCGCUAUCAACGAUAAAGAGCAAGGGAUAAACCAAGGAAGGGGAAAGAAGGCUUUGAGUAAGAAGAAACUGAAAAGGCGACAGAAGGUCAAGUCAAAAGUCAAAUCAAGAACAAAGGCCGAGAGUCUCGAUGGCGCCCUUUGCGUGCCGGACAUCAAGCUGCACAGCAACCCGUCUGCUUUCAAUGUGUACUGCAACGUGCGGCACUGUGUGCUGGACUGGCAGCAGAGAGAGGCCUCCCUCGCGCUGGCCUCCAGGAGCUCGGUGCAGAGCGGCGACUCCGACAGCGAGGAGGAGGAGGAGUACCGCGAGCCGGCCGUGAAGCUGCCAAAGAUCAUCAGCAUCGGCCUGUGCGGGGUGUUUGAGCUGAUCAAAGAGACGCGGUUCUCUCACCCCUCGCUGUGCCUGCGCAGCCUGCAGGCCUUGUUGGACAUGCUGCAGGGUCAGCAGCCCGAGGGCUUUCAGACCGAGCCUCCGGAUGUGCUGGAGUCUCUUUUCCAGUUGCUGUUGGAGACCACGGUCCGGAGCACGGGGCCCAACGACCCGACGGGCCAGGCCAUCACGGCGCUGUCCUGCGCCUGCCUCUUCAGCCUGGUGGUGGCUUGGGGAGACACCGGCAAGAUCCUGCAGGCCGUCUCCGCCAUCCUCACCAACAACGGCAGCCACGCCUGCCAGACGAUACAGGUGCCCACCAUACUUAACGCCCUGCAGAGGAGCGUGCAGGCGGUCCUGGUGGGAAAGAUCCAGAUCCAGGACUGGUUCGGGAACGGCAUCAAGCGCGCCGCCCUCAUGAACAAGUGGAUCCUGAAGGAGGCGGCCAUCGACGAGGACGAGCGCUGCCUCCUGCAGACCGACGGCUCCUUCCUGUACCUGCUCUGCAAGGACGGACUCUACAAAGUGGGCUCCGGGUACGGCGGCACCGUCAGGGGCCACGUGUACAACUCCACGUCCCGCACCAGGAACCGGAAGGAGAAGCGGUCGUGGCUGGGCUUUGCUCAGGGGUACUUGUUGUACCGGGACACGAGUAACCACACGAUGUCGGCCAUCAAGAUCAACCCCGAAACUCUGGAGCAGGAGGGGACCGUCACAAUGCCAGGUCAACACGCCGACGGACAGAACAUCAUCUUCACCGAUGGAGAGUACAUCAACCAGAUCGCAGCCUGCAAAGACGACGGCUUCGUGGUGCGGAUCUAUACCAUGAGCUCAGACCCGGCGCUGCAGCAGGAACUGCAGCUGAAGCUGGCGAGGAAGUGUCUGCACGCCUGCGGCAUCUCUCUGUUCGACCUGGAGAAGGAUCUGCACAUCAUCAGCACGGGCUUCGAUGAAGAGGCGGCGUUGCUCGGAGCAGGCCGGGAGUUCGCUCUGAUGAAAACAGCCUCGGGGAAGAUUUACUACACAGGAAAGUACCAGAGCCUGGGUAUAAAGCAGGGUGGCCCGUCAGCAGGGAAGUGGGUGGAACUGCCCGUGACCAAGUCUCCCAAAAUCACCCAGUUCUCCGUCGGCCACGACGGCUCUCACGCGCUGCUGGUGGCCGAGGACGGAAGCGUGUUCUUCACGGGCUCGGCCAGCAAGGGAGAGGACGGAGAGUCCACCAAAAGCCGCAGACAGCCCAAGCCGUACAAGCCCAAGAAGAUGAUCAAGCUGGAGACCAAGACGGCGGUGUACACGGCGUGCAACAACGGGAGCAGCAGCAUCGUCACCAAGGACGGGGAACUCUACAUGUUCGGCAAAGAUGCGAUUUACAGCGACAGCACCUGCCAGGUGACGGACCUGAAAGGUCACACUGUGAUUCAGGUCGCCAUGGGCAAGGCCCACACGUGUGUCCUCAACAAGAGCGGUGAGGUGUGGACAUUCGGGGUGAACAACAAGGGCCAGUGUGGCAGAGACACUGGAUCCAUGAGCCAGGCAGGGAAAGCGUUCGGUGUGGAGAGCAUGGCCACAGCCAUGGAUGAGGACCUGGAGGACGAGCUAGAAGAGAAGGAAGAGAAGAGCAUGAUGUGCCAGCCGGGCAUGCACAAGUGGAAGCUGGACCAGUGCAUGGUGUGCACGGUGUGCGGAGACUGCACCGGCUACGGCGCCAGCUGCGUGAGCAGCGGCCGGCCGGACCGAGUACCAGGAGGUAUCUGCGGCUGCGGGUCCGGAGAGUCCGGCUGCUCGACGUGCGGCUGCUGCAAGGCCUGUGCCAGGGAGCUGGAUGGGCAGGAGGCCCGGCAGAGAGGCAUCUUUGAUGCAGUGAAGGAGAUGAUUCCUCUGGACCUGCUACUGGCUGUGCCUGUGCCCCCCCCUCCAGGAGUGAACAUCGAGGAACACAUUCAGAUCCGUCAGGAGGAAAAGCGACAGAGGAUCAACCGCCGGCACAGGCUGGAGGAGGGCAGAGGCCCCCUUGUUUUUCCCGGUUCCAUUUUAAUGAACCAGCGUGAGCAGGCCCUAGCCAGAAUAAGACCCCUUCAGGCACUAAGGCAUAAGCGGGACAAGCACAAAGAUGGCAGCAGUGAGCGCGGGGAGAAGGACGCCAGCAAAAUCACCACCUACCCCCCCGGGGCCGUGAGGUUUGACUCCGAGCUGCGAGCCGUGCAGGUCAGCUGCGGUUUUCACCACUCAGUGGUGCUGAUGGAGAACGGAGACGUCUACACGUUCGGUUACGGCCAACACGGGCAGCUCGGACACGGAGACGUGAACUCCAGGGGUUCUCCCACUCUGGUGCAGGCCCUUCCCGGUCCCAGUGUUCAGGUGACAGCGGGCAGUAACCACACGGCCGUCCUCCUCAUGGACGGGCAGGUCUUUACAUUCGGCAGCUUCUCGAAAGGGCAGCUGGGCCGGCCCAUCCUGGACAUGCCCUACUGGAAUGCCAAGCCUUCUCCCAUGCCCAACAUCGGGGCCAAAUAUGGGCGAAAGGCCACCUGGAUCGGUGCCAGCGGGGACCAGACGUUCCUGCGGAUCGAUGAGGCUCUUAUCAACUCCCAUGUCCUCGCCACUUCAGAGAUCUUCGCCAGCAAACACAUCAUUGGCCUCGUGCCCUCCUCUGUAUCUGAGCCGCCUCCAUUCAAAUGUCUGCUGAUCAACAAAUUGGACGGAAGCUGCAGGACCUUCAACGACUCUGAGCAGGAGGACCUGCAGGGCUUCGGGCUGUGUCUGGACCCCGUGUACGAUGUCGUGUGGAGGUUCCUGCCUGCCGCCAAAGAGAUGCUGUGCUACAACGCGGUGAUAGCGGACGCCAGGAUACCAUCUGCCAACGACCUGCAGGCUCGCUGCAGCAUCCUGAGUCCGGAGCUGGCGUUGCCCUCCGGGUCGCACGCCACCACCACUCGCUCUCACGGAGCCCUGCACAUCCUCGGUUGCCUGGAUACGCUGGCGGCCAUGCAAGAGCUGAAGAUGGGCGUGGCCAGCGGGGAGGAGGAAACCCAGACCGUGAUGAAGGUCUACUCCAAGGAGGACUACAGCGUGGUGAACCGCUUUGAGAGUCACGGCGGUGGCUGGGGCUACUCGGCCCACUCGGUGGAGGCCAUCCGGUUCUGUGCCGAUGCGGACACCCUGCUGGGCGGACUGGGUCUGUUCGGGGGUCGAGGGGAGUACACCGCCAAGAUCAAGCUCUUCGAGUUGGGACCUGACGGCGGCGACCACGAGACGGACGGCGAUCUGCUGGCCGAGACCGACGUGCUGGCGUACGACUGUGCCGCCAGGGAGAAGUACGCCAUGAUGUUCGACGAGCCGGUGCUGCUGCAGCUGGGCUGGUGGUACGUGGCGUGGGCCCGGGUGUCCGGACCCAGCAGUGACUGUGGCUCCCACGGACAGGCUACCAUUACCACAGACGACGGUGUGGUCUUUCAGUUCAAAAGCUCCAAGAAGUCCAACAACGGUACGGACGUGAACGCGGGUCAAAUACCUCAGCUGCUGUACAGACUUCCUUCAAACGAUGGCAAUGCAUCGAAGGGGAAGCAGCAGACCAGUGAACCGGUCCACAUCCUCAAGCGCUCCUUCGCUCGCACCGUCUCAGUGGAAUGUUUUGAGUCUCUGCUGAGUGUCCUUCACUGGAGCUGGACCACCUUGGUUCUGGGCGUGGAGGAGCUGCGAGGGCUGAAGGGCUUCCAGUACACGGCCACCCUGCUGGACCUGGAGCGGCUCCGCUUCGUGGGCACGUGCUGCCUCCGCCUGCUCAGGGUCUACAUCUGUGAGAUCUUCCCCAUCGCCGCCAGCACCAAAGCUGUGGUGGAGGAGUCCAGCAAGCUGGCUGAGUGCGUGGGGAAGACUCGCAGCCUGCUGAAGAAGAUCCUGUCGGAGGGCAUGGACAACUGCCUGACCAAGCUGGACAACGACCCCGAGGGCUACCUGUCUCAGCCGCUGACCCUGCUGGAAGCCGUGCUGCAGGAGUGCCACAACACCUUCACCGCCUGCUUCCACUCGUUCUAUCCGACCCCGGUUCUGCAGUGGGCCUGCCUGUGCGACCUGCUCAACUGCCUGGACCAGGACAUUGCGGAGGCCAACUUUCGCACGUCCAGCAGCCGCCUGCUGGCGGCCGUGAUGUCGGCGCUGUGCCACACGUCGGUCAAGCUGAUGUCCAUCCUGCCCAUCGCGUACGACGGGGAGGUGCUGCUGCGCUCGCUGGUCAAACAGGUCAGCACGGAGAAUGACUCCGCUCUCGCUCACCGCUUCCCCCUGCUGGUGGCCCACAUGGAGAAACUGAGCCAUACGGAGGAGAACCUGAUGGGCAUGACCAGCUUCCGGGAGGUGCUGGAGAAGAUGCUGGUGAUCGUGGUGCUGCCGGUGAGGAAGAGUUUGAGGAAGGAGGUGGAGCUGUUCUCCCCACACCUGGUCUCCAACACCUGUGGCCUGCUGGCCUCCAUCGUCUCCGAGCUCACCGCCUCGGCCCUCGGCUCCGAGGUUGAUGGGAUGAACUCGCUCCACUCCGUGAAAGCGUCCCCAAACCGUUUCACCAAAACGAGCCAGGGCCGCAGUUGGAACACGGGCAACGGCUCUCCGGACGCCAUCUGUAUGACCGUGGACAAGCCGGGUGUCGUGCUGGUGGGCGUGUGCGUCUACGGAGGAGGCGGCAUCCACGAGUAUGAACUGGAGGUGCUGGCCGACGAUGCACAGACGGAGCACCCUGGUGACUCGGCACAUUCUCACAGGUGGACGUCCCUGGAGCUCGUGAAGGGCACCUACAGCACCGACGAUUCCCCCAGCGAUAUCGCUGAGAUCCGCAUGGAUAAGGCCGUGCCGCUCAAGGAGGGCGUAAAGUACGCCGUGCGGUUACGUAACUACGGCAGCCGGACGGCAAACGGGGACGGGGGCAUGACCACGGUGCAGUGCUCCGACAGCGUGUCCUUCACCUUUAGCACCUGCAGCCUGAGCAGCAACGGCACCAACCAGACCAGAGGACAGAUCCCACAGCUUCUCUACUACAGGAGCGAGUACGAUGGGGAUCUCCAGUCUCAGCUGCUGAGCAAAGCCAACGAGGAAGACAAGAACUGCAGCCGAGCUCUGUCCGUGGUCAGCGCCGUGGUCAGAGCCGCGAAGGACCUGCUUCACAGGGCGUUUGCUGUCGAUGUGGACGAUAUUCCCGAGCUACUGAGUUCCUCCAGCCUGUUCUCCAUGCUCUUGCCCCUCAUCCUGGCCUACAUCGGGCCCGUGGCCACCUCCGUACCGAAGGCUGCCGUCGAGGUUUUCGGACUCGUCCAGGAGCUGUUACCUGCCGUCUCCGCCCUCAACCAAAAGUACGCCCCCCCCACCUUCAACCCCAACCAGUCGACGGACAGCACGACGGGCAACCAGCCGGAGCAGGGCCUGUCGGCGUGCACCACCUCGAACCACUACUCGGUGAUCGAGAGCGAGCACCCUUACAAGCAAGCCAGCGUCAUACAAUACAGGGUGUCUUUCCCCGACUGCGUCCGCUGGACCACCAUCGAGUUUGACCAGCAGUGCGGCACGGCGCAGCCGGAGGACGUCCUGCGCCUGCUCAUCCCCAGCCGGACCCUCCACCUUUCCAGCCUGGGGGGCAAACCUUUGGUCCACGACACCAUCAACACCUGGACGGAUCUCAAGAAGUUCUCUGGCGCCACCGGCUGGCCGACCACCGUCCUGGUGCUGCCGGGGAACGAAGUGCUGUUCUCGCUGGAGACGGCCUCGGACUACGUGAAGGACGAGAAGGCUUGCUUCUACGGCUUCAAGUGCGUGGCUGUGGGCUACGAGUUCAACCCCGGCCCCGAUGAGGGCAUCAUCCAGCUGGAGAAGGAGUUGGCCUUCCUGGGCAGCAUGUGUGCUGCAGCGCUGAUGAAGAAGGACCUCGCCCUCCCCAUCGGUAAUGAACUGGAGGAGGAUCUUGAGAUCCUCGAGGAAGCCUCUCUUCAGGUCUGUAAGUCCCACUGCGGGAUCCUGGGGAAGGGUCUGGCCUUGUCUCACUCGCCCACUAUCCUGGAGGCCCUGGAGGGCAAUCUGCCCCUGCACCUCCAAACCAAUGAGCACUCUUUCCUGGAAGACUUCAUCACCUGUGUGCAGACCUCCAGCGGAGGGCGUCUGGCCAGGUGGCUGCAGCCGGACUCUUACGCCGACCCCCAGAAGACAUCUCUGAUCCUCAACAAAGACGACAUCCGCUGCGGCUGGCCGACCACCGUGGUCGUGCAGACCAAAGACCAGUAUGGAGACGUGGUGCACGUUCCUCACAUGAAGGUGGAGGUGAAGGCCGUGCCGGUGUCACAGAAGAAGUCGAUGCAGCCGGAGAAUGUGAAGAGGCUGCAGCGGCUGCCCGGGAGCUCCUCGCCCCCGUCCUCCGGCCCCGACCUGACCUUCGGGGGUUUGCCGAUGCCCAAGCUGGAGGCCACGUACGAGCCCAUGAUCGUGAAGGAGGCUCGAUACAUCGCGAUCACCAUGAUGAAGGCUUAUGAGAACUACUCGUUUGAAGAGCUGCGCUUUGCCUCCCCCACCCCAAAGAGACCCAGCGAGAACAUGCUGAUCCGUGCCAACACUGACGGAACCUACAGCGCCAACUGGACCCCGGGAGCAGUCGGCCUCUACACCAUCCACGUCACCAUCGAUGGCAUUGAAAUAGAUGCUGGUAUGGAGGUAGAAGUCAAAGACCCCCCCAAAGGCAUGAUACCACCCGGCACUCAGAUGGUCAAACCGAAGGCUGAACCUCAGCCGAACAAGGUUCGCAAAUUUGUGUCCAAGGACAGCGCAGGCCUGCGUGUGCGUAGUCACCCCUCCCUGCAGAGCGAACAGAUAGGCAUAGUGCAUGUCAAUGGCACCAUCACUUUCAUUGACGAGAUCCACAAUGACGAUGGCGUGUGGCUACGGCUCAAUGACGACACGGUCAAGAAGUAUGUUCCCAGCAUGAAUGGUUACUCUGAAGCCUGGUGCCUCUCUUUUAACCAGCACCUGGGCCGGAGCCUACUGGUCCCAGCCGACGAGGUCAGGGGCCAAUCGGAGGAGAGCUUAAAGGAGGUGAGCAGCUGCCCUUCCCACGAGGCCCCGAUUCGGGCGCAAAGCAGGGCAGGGCAGGGCGGCGGCCCGGGGCUUUAUAAGGUAGUGAAGACCGGCCCCUCUGGUCACAACAUCAGAAGCUGCCCAAACCUUAGGGGUAUCCCCAUUGGAAUGUUAGUUCUUGGCAACAAGGUCAAGGCCGUAGGCGAGGUGGUGAACUCAGAGGGCAACUGGGUUCAGCUGGAUAAGAAUAGCGUGGUGGAGUUCUGUGAGAGCGAUGAAGGCGAGGCCUGGUCGCUGGCCAGAGACCGCGGUGGGAACCAGUACCUUCGCCACGAUGACGAACAAGUCCUGCUUGAGCUCGGGGCCCAGACCCCCCCGCCGAGCCCGUUCUCCGUGCAGGCCUUCAACCGAGCGGCCGCCUCAAACGGAGCGCAGGGCUUCGACUACGGCAUCGCCAACAACAAAGGUGACCGGUUGAGUGCCAUACUGAAUUCCAUUCAGUCUGGGCCCCUCCUCUCAGCAGCUCCCUCCUCCUCCUCCGUAUUUGAGCAAGCCGCCCAACCUCCCUCCUCUUCCUCCUCCUCCCUUGUCCACAGCCCAUUUGUGUUUGGACAAUCCCCCUCCCAACUGUCUCAGCCACAACCACAGCUUCCGAAUGGUUCAUCAUCACGCCGCCUUGCUUCUCGCGAGCGUGUGCACAAAAGCAAUGUGUCCGUGGCCGGGCAUGGUACCGCUCUCUCAUCUCUCGCUCUGAGGCAAAAGGGUGAGCGAGGGAACGGAGCGCGGCCCAUGUCCCCAGCCUCCAAACAUCGGCAGGAGAAUCGCUCGCCCAAACAGGAGGGUCGAGGGAGCCGCUCGUCCGAGCAGAGCAGGAGCAAGACUGAGGAGGGCGGCUUCUCGGCCGGCGAAGCCCUCAUCCUGCGGUCGGACACGGCCAAGCUGAGGUCCGACUCUCACAGCCGCUCUCACUCGCCCAAUCACAACACCCUGCAGGCCCUGAAGGCCGAUGGCCGAACCCCGGGAGUCCGGGCCGAGUCCCCGAACCCCAGCUCGCGCGCCUCCUCUCCCAAACAACAAGGCGUCUCAUCUUCAGGCAGGUCUAGUCCCUCCAGCACCGCCUCCCAGAACUCCUCUUCAGCCCACCAUGAUAAGAACCUCCCACCUAAAGUCAGUCCUUCCUCCAAAGCCCGGCUGGAUCCUCCCAGAGAGCGGUCCAAAUCUGAUUCCUACACUCUGGACCCAGACACACUUAGAAAGAAGAAGGUCCCACUAACGGAACCGCUUAGAGGCAGGUCUACCUCUCCGAAACCUAAACUGUCUCCUAAAGAUCCAAAUAACGAAGUGAUUGGCGACCCAAAUAACGAAGUGAUUGGCGACCCAAAUAACGAAGUGAUUGGCAAUCCAGAGAACCGCGUCCCCUCUCCACACGUGACCCAGGAGAACCUCCACAGCGAAGUGGUGGAGGUGUGCAGCUCCAGCGCUCUCGUCUCGGAGGAUGGCAACGACGAGAACUCGGAGGCUCAAAAUUCUGAAGACGGCUCGGGCAAGGUGCACUUCAGCAUCGGCAAAGGGCCCGUCAAGGAGGACGUAGAGAGCCGCGCGUCGCCCAAAGUCAGCCGCAAAGCCUCCAGUCGACACACGCGCCCCAAGAAGGAAAAGUCCGGGCCUCUGUUCAAAGGCGAGAGUCCUUCGAGGGCCACGGAGCCGGCCAAACAGGCCAUGUCCCCUUCGGUGGCCGAAUGUUCGCGAGCGGUCUUCGCGGCGUUCCUGUGGCACGAGGGUAUUGUCCACGACGCCAUGGCCUGCUCCUCCUUCCUCAAGUUCAACCCCGACUUGACCAAAGAGCACGCCCCCACCCGCGGCUCCCUGGGAGCGCAGGGCGCCGAGGAGAAGGAGAGCAAGCUGAAGAACCGCCACUCCUUGGAGAUCUCCUCCGCACUCAACAUGUUUAACAUCGCGCCGCACGGCCCGGACAUCUCCAAAAUGGGGAGCAUCAACAAGAACAAGGUGCUGUCCAUGCUGAAGGAACCUCCCCUGCCAGAGAAGUGCGAGGAGGGUAAGGGGGAGGCCACUUCCUACGAGAUGGCUUCUCAUCCGGCGAUGAGGGCCAAGUCCAUCUUGCCGUUGACGUUGCAACACCUGGUGUCGUUCUGGGAGGACAUUUCUCUGGCCACCAUCAAGGCCGCCACUCAGAACAUGAUCUUCCCCAGCCCGGGGUCCAGCGCCAUCCUGAAAAGGAAGGAGCACGAGAAAGACGGCAAGAAGGCAAAGAAGGAGAAGAAGAAGAGGGAGAAAGCCGAGGUGCGUCCGAGGGGCAAUCUGUUCGGAGAGAUGGCUCAGCUCGCCAUGGGCGGGCCGGAGAAAGACACCAUCUGUGAGCUGUGUGGCGAAUCUCACCCGUACCCCGUCACCUACCACAUGAGGCAGGCUCACCCAGGUUGCGGCCGCUAUGCUGGAGGCCAGGGCUACAACAGCAUCGGCCACUUCUGUGGCGGUUGGGCUGGUAACUGUGGAGAUGGAGGCAUAGGAGGCAGCACCUGGUACCUGGUGUGUGAUCGCUGUCGGGAGAAAUACCUGAGAGAGAAACAGACCACCGCCAGGGAGAAGGUGAAGCAGUCCAGGAAGAAACCCCUGCAGGUGAAGACUCCGAGGGCGCUGCCCACCAUGGACGCCCACCAGGUGAUUCGAGCGAACGCUUUGUUCCUGCUGUCGCUCAGCAGCGCUGCCGAGCCCAGCAUGCUGUGCCACCACCCUCCCCGGCCCCUGCACUCCCAGCUGCUCCCCAGCCUCAAGGAGGGCGUGCCGGACGAACUCCCCAAUAAAAUGGGCUGCCUCUACCUCCAGACACUAGCUAGGCAACACACUGAGAACUUUGGGGGCUACCAAGACGAUAACCUCUUCCAAGACGAGAUGAGGUAUUUGCGCUCCACAUCUGUUCCUGCACCUUACAUAUCAGUCACCCCUGAUGCCUGUCCCAAUGUGUUUGAGGAACCAGAGAGCAACAUGAAAUCAAUGCCGCCCAGUCUGGAGACCAGCCCCAUCACAGACAGCGAUAUGGCCAAACGGACCGUGUUCCAGAGGUCUUACUCGGUCGUUGCAUCAGAGUACGACAAGCAACACUCGCCCUCGCCGGCCCGGAUCAAAGCCGUGCCCAGACGCAGGGUCCAGAGUGGCGACGCAGAGGUGGGCUCUUCCCUGUUACGGCACCCGUCCCCCGAGCUGUCCCGGCUGAUUUCAUCACACGGCUCCCUCAGUAAGGGGGAGAGGAACUUCCAGUGGCCCGUCCUGUCUUUCGUUAUCCAGCACCACGACCUGGAGGGCCUGGAGGUGGCCAUGAGGCAUGCGCUGAGGAAGUCUGCCUGCAGGGUGUUUGCCAUGGAGGCCUUCAACUGGCUGCUGUGCAACGUGAUCCAGACCACGUCCCUACACGACAUCCUUUGGCAUUUCGUAGCGUCUCUCACGCCGUCGCCAUUCGAACCCGAGGAUGAGGAAGACGACGAGAACAAGGGGAACAAAGAAAACGUGGAACAGGAAAGAGACCUCGGCGUCUGUGAACACCCGCUGUCGGACAUUGUUAUUGCCGGGGAGGCGGCUCAUCCUCUGCCUCACACCUUCCACCGCCUCCUCCAGACCAUCUCUGACCUCAUGAUGUCACUUCCCAGUGGCAGCUCGCUUCAGCAGAUGGCGCUGAGGUGCUGGAGUCUCAAGUUCAAGCAGUCCGACCACCAGUUCCUCCACCAGAGCAACGUUUUCCAUCACAUCAACAACAUCUUGUCCAAGUCUGACGACGGAGACAGCGAGGAGAGCUUCAACAUCAGCGUGCAGUCGGGCUACGAAGCGAUGAGCCAGGACCUCUGCCUGGUGACCUGUCUGAAGGACCUGACCAGCGUGGUGGACAUCAAGACGUCCAGUCGGCCCGCCAUGAUCGGCAGCCUCACGGACGGCUCCACGGAGACCUUCUGGGAAUCCGGAGACGAGGACAAGAACAAAACCAAGAGCAUCACCAUCAGCUGCGUGAAGGGCCUCAACGCCUCCAUCGUGACGGUUCACGUGGACAACUCCAGAGACAUCGGGAACAAAGUCACAUCGGUUACAUUCCUAUGUGGGAAAGCAGUCGAGGACCUCUGCAGAAUCAAACAGGUCGACCUCGACUCCCGUCACAUGGGCUGGGUGACGAGCGAGCUCCCCGGAGGGGACCACCACGUGAUCAAGGUGGAGCUGAAAGGUCCCGAGAACACCCUGAGGGUGCGCCAGGUGAAGGUCCUGGGUUGGAAAGAGGGCGAGAGCAUCAAGAUCCUGGGCCAGAUCUCGGCCAGCAUGGCCCAGCAGAAGAACUGCGAGGCCGAGACUCUGCGAGUGUUUCGCCUCAUCACCUCACAGGUCUUCGGAAAGCUCAUCUGUGGAGACGCGGAGCCGACUCCGGAGCAGGAGGAGAAGAACCUCCUUUCGUCGCCUGAGGGAGAGGACAAGGUUCCAUCUGACGCCGACCUCAAAGAGCACAUGGUGGGCAUCAUCUUCAGCAGGAGCAAACUCACCAACCUCCAGAAACAGGUGUGCGCGCACAUCGUCCAGGCCAUCCGCAUGGAGGCCACGCGCGUGAGGGAGGAGUGGGAGCACGCCAUCUCCAGCAAGGAGAACGCCAACUCCCAGCCCAGCGACGACGACGCCUCCUCGGACGCCUACUGCUUCGAGCUGCUGUCCAUGGUGCUGGCGCUGAGCGGCUCCAACGUGGGCCGCCAGUACCUCGCCCAGCAGCUCACGCUCAUGCAAGACCUGUUCUCUCUGCUGCACACGGCCUCUCCCAGAGUCCAGAGACAGGUCACGUCGUUGCUCAGGCGCGUCCUCCCGGAGGUCACGCCGGUGAGACUCGCCAGCAUCAUCGGCGUGAAGGCGCUGCCGCCGGCGGACAUCAGCGACAUCAUCCACUCCACGGAGAAGGGCGACUGGAACAAGCUGUGCAUCCUCGACAUGUUCCUGGGCUGCAUCGCCAAAGCCCUCACCGUCCAGCUGAAGGCCAAAGGCGCCACCAUCUCCGGCAUGGCCGCGGUCAAAGGAGUCACCACCGUCACGCUGCCCAUGAUCUUCAACUCCAGCUACAUCCGCCGGGGGGAGAGCCACUGGUGGAUGAAAGGCUCCACUCCGCCGCAGAUAGCCGAGAUCAUCAUCAAGCUGGUCAAAGACAUGGCAGCGGGCCACCUUUCAGACGGUUGGUCCAGAGUCACCAAAAACGCGAUAGCUGAGACCAUCAUAGCGCUGACCAAAAUGGAGGAGGAGCAUCGUUCUCCCGUACGCUGCAUCGCCACCACGAGGCUGUGGCUGGCCUUGGCGUCGCUGUGCGUGCUGGACCAGGACCACGUGGACCGGCUGUCCUCCGGCCGCUGGAUGGGCAAAGACGGGCAGCAGAAGCAGAUGCCCAUGUGUGACAAUCACGACGACGGCGAGACGUCGGCCAUCAUCCUAUGUAACGCGUGCGGCAACCUCUGCACCGACUGCGACCGCUUCCUCCACCUGCACCGACGCACGCGCUCUCACCAGAGACAGGUGUUCAAAGAGGAAGAGGAGGCCAUAAAGGUCGAUCUCCAUGAAGGCUGCGGGAGGACGAAGCUCUUCUGGCUCAUGGCGCUGGCCGACUCGAAGACCAUGAAGGCUAUGGUGGAGUUCAGAGAGCACACAGGUAAACCGGCCUCCAGCAGCUCUGAUUUCUGCAGGUUCUGCGGGACGAGGAACGGCACCGAGCUGUCGGCAGUGGGGAGCGUCUGCUCCGACCCAGACUGCCAGGAGUACGCCAAACUGGCCUGCAGCAAGAGCCACGCCUGUGGCCACCCCUGUGGGGGGGUGAAGAACGAGGAGGCCUGCCUCCCGUGUCUGCACGGCUGCGACAAGAACUCCGGCUGCCUGAAGCAGGACGCCGACGACAUGUGCAUGAUCUGCUUCACGGAGGCCCUGUCCGCUGCUCCUGCCGUCCAGCUGGACUGCACUCACGUGUUCCACCUCCAGUGCACUCGCCACGUCCUCGACAACCGCUGGCUCGGGCCCCGCAUCACGUUCGGGUUCAUGCUGUGUCCCAUCUGCAAGAACAAAAUCAACCACUUGGUGAUCAAGGACUUGCUGGACCCCAUCAAGGAGCUGUGCGAGGACGUGAGGCGGAAGGCUCUGAUGAGGCUGGAGUACGAGGGUCUACAUAAGAGCGAGGCGAUAACCAUGCCGGGAGCGCGCUUCCACAACGACCCCGCAGGCUUUGCCAUGAACAGAUAUGCAUACUAUGUCUGCUACAAGUGCAAGAAGGCCUAUUUUGGGGGAGAGGCUCGCUGCGAUGCGGAUGCCGGACAGGGAGACGACUACGACCCCAGUGAGCUCAUCUGUGGCGCGUGCUCCGACGUGUCCAGGGCUCAGAUGUGCUCCAAGCACGGCACAGACUUCCUGGAGUACAAGUGCCGGUACUGCUGCUCGGUGGCCGUGUUCUUCUGCUUCGGCACCACGCACUUCUGCAACGCCUGCCACGACGACUUCCAGAGGAUGACCAGCGUCCCCAAGGAGGAGCUUCCUCAUUGUCCUGCAGGUCCCAAAGGGAAGCAGUUGGAGAGUACUGAGUGCCCGCUGCAUGUGGUUCACCCGCCGACGGGGGAGGAGUUUGCGCUGGGCUGCGGGGUGUGCAGAAACGCCCACACCUUCUAAACGACACAAGACUUCUACUGAAAACCAGUUUGUCCACUGUGAUUUCUGGCUGCUGCUGAGGUUCGGCCACGAAGCUCGGCUCUUGUCUCCUGGACGCCGGACCGGGUUUCUGCCCUCCGCUGAGAGUCCUGGGGUCCGCUCCUCUACCAACAUCAGUACGCGGGCUCUGCUACAAACACGAGCUGUGGCUCCUUUGGACUCAGUGACCGGAAUGGCGGGAAAAGAACAAUAGAAUUUUUUUUAAAGCAGAAAAAAAAGAAAAUCUCUCGUGACGUGUUUGCAUGCGGCCGGUGUACUCCCUCGGCUUCUAUAGACGUCGCGCACCUCCUGAUCCCUGAAGUGUAACUAUACAAGAUUGCAAAUUUAAUUUGAAAUGAGUUUGCUUUAAAAGGCGACCGUGGAUCAGCGUGGAUAUAAAAAAAAGAAAAAGGAACAUGCCGUAUUUCCAGCUUCCUUAACUAUAAAUUUAAAAUAUUGUUGUAUGUAAACUUUUUCGUAAUCUUGCACAGUAUUCUCCACUGUCAAGUGCAUCAUGGGUUGACGGACAAAAAAAAAGAAAAAAAGAAGGUGGAUGAGACUGUUAAGAAUAAUUAUGUUUGGGAGGAAAAUAGUGUACGAUUUAUCUAAUCUUGUAUAUAAUGAUACUAUUCAAAAUAGCUGUAUUCCGAAGUUGCUACUCUUCACUUCAGUUUUGUUUGAUAUUCUGGGUUAUGUUUUGAGCCAGAAGUUUUAUUGAAGUGCAAUACUGGGUGUGCCUCCUAUUUUGCAGCUGUUUAAACUAUGGAAUGUAUGUCAAUAAAGCCACUGUACAUUUUUAUACAGUAGAAAGUCGUAAUUCCCCCUCUUCUAAAUGUCGGAUCUCUUUUGUUGCGUGGAAAGGAGGAGGAGGCGGAGCCUGGCGCCUGCAGUGAAUGAUGGUGGACGCAAAUCCUAUUUUCAGCUCUGUCGAAAAAAAGAAAAGAAACAACCAAAAUCCAACUAAUACAAAAACAAACUAAAGACCUCACAGUGAGACUGAUUACAGCUGAUUAAUUUGAGGGGCCAGUCUUUACACCAAAUACAAUUGUGCACCUGUAAUGCUUUUCCCUAGUAACAGGCAGGGGGUGGGGGGGCAGGGGAACAGAGUGUGGAAAAGGAAAAAAAAAGCUGCUGUUAUAUAAAAAAGCUUAAUACUUGUGAAUCUGCUCUGUAAUAUCUGUGGUGGAUGGAGUCGAAUGGUAAUAAACCAGGUUCUCUGUUUCGCAAAGUA